AGGGCGUUUUCACACCAAUAAUUUGAUUAUUUGGUCCGCACCAGACAGUAAAAUUGUUACUAUGUAGCAUACAGACUGCAGUGUGGUCUGCUUUCACACCCGCAAACGAACUAAAAUUGGUCCGAUUAACCUUUCCUCACCAACAUUUAUCUUCCGGUAGAAAUAGCGCCAAUUUUGAUUCACUAUGGAGCCACACGUUCGUACUUUGGUCAUUGUUCUUGUGCUAGUGUAUUACAUUCUCUGUAUCAAGCAUUUUUGGGAAAAUAUCCAAUUUGAGAAUGAGUCGCGGCUGCGACUGGAGAACAAUGUUCUGAUGCACUGGAGUCGCCGGAGACGUAUAGCGCGUCAUUUCAGCCGGAGGAGACGCACUAUUUUCAGAGAUGCAGUCAUUCUGAUGAUGAGACGAACGUCUUUCCAAAGACCCACAAGGAGCAGAUGGACAUACCCAAGGAGUGAUGGCUGGUGGCCCCAUAUCUACAGCACCUGGACAGACAGAGAAUGGCUGUCCAAUUUCCGGAUGCGAAGAGCCAGUUUUGAUCACCUGUGUGACACACUCCGUCCAUGGCUUAUACGCCAAAACACAAAUUAUAGACGGGCUGUGACAGUAGAGGUCCGUGUGGCAAUUUGUAUUUGGAGAUUGGCGACGAACCUGGAGUAUAGGUCCAUCUCACACCUGUUUGCCGUUGGGUUGUCAACCUGUUGUUUAAUUACACAAGAGGUUGUGACUGCUAUAAAUGUAAUUUUAAAGCCCAAAUAUCUAAAGCAUCCCUCUGCAGCUGAGUUUAGGGUGAUUACACAGGGGUUUCGAGACCGAUGGAGGUUCCCUCAAGUGGCAGGGGCGAUUGAUGGCACACACAUAAAGAUUAGAGCUCCACCUGACCAUUCUUCUGACUAUUUUAACAGAAAGGGGGAUUACUCAAUAAUUUUGCAGGCUGUAGUGGACCAUAAAUUGAAGUUUUGGGACAUAAAUGUGGGAAGACCAGGCAAGGUACAUGAUGCCCGUGUUUUUUCCCUCUCAUCCCUAUGUGAGCGGGGCAGUGCAGGAACUCUUUUACCUCAGUACACUGAAAUGUUUGAGGGGGUAGAUAUUCCACUUUUUCUUUUGGGGGAUUCGGCCUAUCCGCUUCUAAACUGGUUGAUGAAACCUUAUCCAGAGGGUGGACGGGUAACACCACAGCAGCUGAAUUUUAACCACAGGUUAAGUCAAGCCCGUAUGGCGGUUGAGCGUGCCUUUGGUCGCCUAAAAGGCCGUUGGCGCUGCCUUUAUAAAGAAUGUGAAGCCCACAUUACAUUUGUCAGUCGCAUAGUGUCUGCUUGCUGUGUGCUUCAUAAUUACUGUGAGGAACAUAAUGAGGAAUUUCUGGAGGGAGAUAUUGCUGUGGUAGAGGCCGAGGAUGUUGGUCAUCAGGAAGAGGUGAAUGCACUACAGCAGCCCAACAACAUCAGAGAUGCAUUGUGUCAGUACUUCUCUACAAUGUGAAUGUUUAAACCAUUGAAGCAGUACAAAGAAUAAGUGGAGUGUUCUCAUGAAUAGUUUGUAGCUUGUUAUGAAGUUUUACCAGAGUUAUUUACCAGAGUUAUUAGCUAUUGUUGUUCUGAUUUUAUCAUUCAUCAUUCAUGUGCAUAGAGCAUACAUCUUGAAGGUUACACAUAGGAAAAGAUGAGUACAUGAAAAUACUUCAAAACACUGUUUAUUGCCUUGCAACAAAAACAAUCUCCCCCUUGGGAUGUUCA